GAAAAUAACAGACACAUAUGACAUGUGUUCACACGGCUAUCUAAAUACACCAUCACAGCUGCACUUGUCCAUAAGCAGUGUUGCGAGAGGUGGGAAUGUUGUCCUUGUGUAUAGGACCAUAUGCCUCAUUGGAGGUCAGCUGAAUGUCUUGUGAACUCUUGACCUCUCUUGCCACACCCACCUCCUCAUAGGUGACUGGUGGCUGUAUGGAGGAUAGUGGGUCAACUACCUCAUACACAACCUGUUCCUGCUGUGUUUCUCUUC